GAUCCCUUUUUAAAAUAUAUUUGGAAGAAGUAUAAUUUUGAUGAAGAUAUGAAUGUUUUAGAUAAAUCGCCUUUUUUUUAUUUAUGCAAUAGUUAUAUUAAUUCUUAUAAGGAUAUUACAGCAUACGGACAAAUAAUAGAUAUUUGUAUAAAAUUUUUAAGAAAUUUGAAGUUAUUAUAUAGUGAUAGUUCUCAAGAAUUUGAAAAAUAUUGUAACAAUAUAUACUAUUGGUUAUAUUAUGAAAUAAUGGAUAAUAAUCUUUUUGAUGAAAAAACAUUAACAGUAUUUUUGAUGCAAAAAGAAGCUAAUGGAGGAACUACAAAAAACAAAGACUGUUCUAAUAUGGAUCUCUAUAAUAACUUGGCUGAAGCAGAAAAUUAUGUAAUGUUAUCUAUAUUUAAUAAUAAUAUUCAUGAUAUUCAAGAUAUUUUAAAACAAAAAACUUAUCCUGAAAUAUGUUCUUGUCAAGAAUUUAUCAACCAAUGUGUAUCCUUAUAUAAAAGAAUACAUAAGAAGUACUCUCCAAAUUGUAAGUAUACGAAUACCACAUUAUUAACCUGUCUUGCAGUAAAAAUGUUUAAAACAAAUUAUGAGGAAUAUCUUUCCGAGGAAAAGAAAAAAUAUGAAUUUCCAGAAUUAUCUUCUAGUACUGACAAAAAUAUAAAUAUUGAAGAAUGCCUGUUGCAAACAAAUGGAAUUGAAUUAGCAUCUGUACAUUCCGACCAAUUGGAUAAUCCUAUAUCAUUUACAGUACCUACAACACUAACAGAACCAGCAGGAAAAACAGUGCCUGCAGCUUUUGGAACAAUAGCUGGAGUAUCAUCCGUUUUGGCUCUUUUAUAUAAGGUUAUCACAAAUUUUUAUUUAAAUAUAUGA